CCUGAAUCGUACGCAGGCCUCGCAGUAGAUACUGUACAUUACCUCCGAGCUUUCUCCACUCAUAAGUUCUCCGGUCUCGGCCUCUUGCCGGCAUUCUGAGCUGCGCGCCGGGGGUUCAAUGCGAGGAGAAAGCGGGGUGGACCUCGCUUGGCUGCAAGUGGCUCUUACCACUCAUUCCUCGUUACCUCAGUGCUGUGACUCUUUCAUCCUGCUCCCUCCAUCCUCCUCUUCUUCUCCUCUAUGACUUGCUUCCGCAGCUGCCGAGAUGCCACCCGCCGAGACCGACUUGAGGCGAUGGACGCGUCUGAACCAAGGACAGACACGAGGCUAUCCAGGCAUCGCUUCACCGGCAGCAGAUCACUCCGCGCCUGCCAAGGUAGCGUGUCUUGAAUGUCGAAGGAUCAAGAUUCGAUGUCUACUGCCUGCAAGUGAGCACCAUGGCUCACCCGACGCCGGACCUUCGGACCUGUCACAAGACGGCGUUUGUGUGCGAUGCGCUAGGCUGGGCUUAGAAUGCCGGAGGAGGCCACAUCGCAAAGGCCAGAGAAACAGCAGGCAGAGCGAAAUACGGGCGGAGCCAGCCGCAAUCGUGGUCGACCCACCGGCGCUGGAAGCAGAGCCAAGGAAGGUAGCCCCGGGCGUGUCCGCCAUUGAUCGAGUGGCUGGCCAGUCCGAAGGAAGCAUGAGCCCUCGCCAGCCAGCGCUCAGCGGUUCUCCUCACUCUGGCCUGGAAAGUCAUGACCAGACGGAAUGGUCUCACAAUAGCUUCUCUAUCCAAUCACUUCUCGGCGAUGAGGCGAGGACUGCAUCUGGAAUACGCAAGACGCCUUAUUCUGUCGGCGGGGUCGCCUUGACAAAAGAAGCUCUGUCACCCUCUGAUGGCAUGGCUUCCCAAGAUGGUCGUAGCGUCUCGCACAUCGAGACGCCACGAGUGGCCAUGACAGGCGUCGUUACUGUCGUUGAAGAAGGACUGUUUACUUUACAACAAGCGCGAUACCUUCACGGCUUCUUCUUUGAGCGGCUGAACGGAAUCAUAGCACUGCUGACUCCUCAACUCAACUCGUUCGAGACUCUUUCGCAACAAGCCUGGCCACAAAUGCUUCUGACAGCAAUAUGUACUGUUUCAGCGAAAUACGAAUUUCCGGACAAGUACAAGCGCUCUUUGAACUUUUCUCAGAGCCUCACAUCCAAGAUCAUCGAGGGUGAGAUGAGACCGACCUUGAGUAAUUGUCAUGCCCUCAGUAUACUAGCGAUGUGGAGACCUCCGCAUGAUCCGAGCGGAUGGCGCAAACUCCACGCUGCAUGCACACUUGCCUUCGAGCUGGGCUUACAUCAUAGCACACAACAGCUGGUGCAGCCUGGAGACCCUCAGAGGGCAGAAAUCAUACAACGGCAGCGGACCUACUAUCACUUGGCAUGUUUUGAAGAAUUCUUUGUCAAUCAGAGACGGCUCAUCCCUCUGAUCAACUGGGACGUCUUUCCUGAUCCGCGAGUGUGGGUCGAUAGUCUUUCGGAUGAUUGCCUAGAUGUCGAUGUGAGGAUUGCUACUGCCAUGGACAGCAUCUCGAUCUGCCGGAGGCUAUCGGAAGCACUGCAAGUCGAGAGAAGUAAACUGCCAAAGGGUCGAGCGCUGAAGCUGCGCGAGGUGAGACUGAUUCGGCUAGCAAUUCAUGAGCAGGACAUCGCGAUAGACACUUGGCUACAUUCUCAAGAACGAGGUAUCCCAGCUCCCUUUGCCAUGCGACCGUGCGGCGUGUUUGACAAUCUCAAUUACCAUUUCUGCUACUGGUCUUCCAUAUGGGUCAUCUUCUGUCAAUCGGAGAUGCGCUCGCCCCACUUUGACGAGGACAGAAGAAGCUCCUUUGCGCAGGCUUCUUCUUAUGCUAUUCAGCUCAUCGAAAUGUUCAGUGGACCGUACGGUCAAGGGGAGUACUACCGUUUCGUCCACGAUCACGUGAUUUGCUCAGCGGCCGCUGCAGCAUGUUGGAUCAUCGACAAUUGGUCAGCCAUGCCACGUGAAGACGCACAUCGCUCUCAUCAAGCUCUGCGUCAGGCCAAAGAUGCAACCUCGGCAAGCCAACACAGGCAGAAUGAGCAAAGCAGUUACCUCUAUGCUUUUCUAAAUUUCUGUUGUAAGAAGCUGCCAGAGCAGCACAUUCUGGAUGAUACAAGUCCCGUGGAUGUUGGCGCCCUGGAGGUAUCGCAGAACCUGGAGUGGCUUCUCGGAUCCGACGAGCGCCAGCGCGAUUUCACCAUGCCGUACAAUUGGACCUUUCGGAGCCGUCAGAAUUCGCCGCCUCAAGCAAUACCCCACACGGCUUUGUUCAACUCCGGUGGCAGCAGUAUCGAUGCCCCAAGCUUUGUGGAAGCAAACCAGACUGGCAACGGCGCCAGCCACCGCAGACAGAGCUCUCACUUACGAGGAGGAGGGGAUCAAGGACGGCAGACGAACGACGGAACCGAUGGCACGAUACUGCACACCAUGCAAGGUGACAGCGAUGACGGCGGUGUAGCCACUGAGCAGGAAAUUGACGAAAGUCUGGCUAGCUUCCUCCAACGCCUACUUCCAGACACUCACGGAUCGAUCAUGAAUAGUCUUUAUCAAAAUAUGUAACUAAUGACCACGUUUUCAUCACUACUGUAAUUGCGCGCCUCUAAUUCACUAGCCCGAUUGCAAAUCUUUGUCAAUCUAAUGAUACCCCGAAACCCAAAGCGGCCUAAACUAAAGUA